CAUCGAUGAGCUAUUAAUCAUCGCAAGGCUCUUCAAGAUGAAUCAGCAAUGCAAGGUGUGCGGUGAACCCGCGGCUGGUUUCCACUUUGGCGCGUUCACCUGCGAGGGCUGCAAGUCGUUCUUCGGAAGAUCUUAUAACAAUUUGAAUAGUAUCUCCGAAUGCAAGAACGGUGGAGAAUGCGUGAUAAAUAAGAAGAACCGUACCGCUUGCAAGGCAUGCCGUUUGAGAAAGUGUUUAUUGGUUGGAAUGUCCAAAUCCAGUUCACGUUAUGGACGCAGAUCAAAUUGGUUUAAGAUACAUUGUCUUUUGCAAGAACAACAACAACAGCAACAACAACAAAGACAACAACAACAGCAACAACAACAGCAACAACAACAGCCGCAGCAGCAACAACAACAGCAGCAACAACAAGCGCAACAACAACUUCAUUAUCCUCAAAAUUUGCCGGUUAAUCCUCAACUUUCUCAACAACAAAGAAAAGCAAUAAGUCCACCGGUCGGUCUACAUCCUAGCCAAAGGAAAGAGGAUUCUCUGUUACUUGGUUUAGACGAUUAUAAGAAUUCAACAUCGCCUAGCAUAAGUUCGCCGGAAUCGCACAAUAGCGACAGUUCAGUUGAAAUAUCUGAAAGAAGGGCGUCUUAUGCGGGACACCCAGGCUUCCGACCGUUGCAUCCUCAUUUGUCACAUUCAGUUGCCGAACUUUCAGCUUUAGGAAAAGAAAUGAUGAGCUUACCGUUUGGUUUCCAUCUCAGUGGAAUGUCCUUAAUCCAGCCAGCCUUUUUGCCGCCGCCAGGUCUCACAAUGUUUCCACCUUAUCACCUUUACGGCACGCAGCAUGGUGCUUCGCAUCCUUUGAUGCAAACCUGUCCCUCGCCAAACGUUCAAAGCAAUUCACCAAUACUCGAUGAAAUUUCUUCGACAAUACCGGAACCCCCAACGACUACUACUACAACGGUGACCGUAGCUUCUACGACGAUAAGCACCGAAACAAUAACCACGAGUACCGAUUACAAAAAUUCAUUUGCCAAUAAUAAUAAUAAUAACAAUAACAAUAAUAGGGACGUUCACAAUCAAAACGUUCGGCCGACGAAAGAUAACAAUUCGUCUACCGAAAAUUACAGCAAAAGAUUUUAUUUGGAUACUGUAUUAAAAAGACAACGUUCUACGCGAGACAGUCCUUCACCUAGAUCAAUUAAAUCCCAAUCAGAUCGUGAAUCGUCAACCUCGUCUCCCGAAGUUGACAUUGAUUAUAAUUCACAGGACAUUCCUAUAGAUUUAUCAAUGAAAUCCGGUCAAGAUUCUAACGAAGAAGACGAAUUAAAUGAUAAAGAUGAAAGUGACAGUUAUGGGCCACCAUUGAAGAAAAAGCCUACACCUAUAGAUCUCACUACGAGAUCUUAA